GGAAUAGAAGAAAUUUUGCAGAGAGAAGCGUCAAUGAAGGUCCAACGGUCAACUUUUUUGGCGGUGACCGGAAAAUCAAAUCUUCAUCACUUUCACUCGUCUUCUCAGGUUCUCUUUUCUCUUCUCUGCGUCAUCUAAAUCAAUUAAAAAUCGUUCCUUUUGUCACUUCUAAGAAUACCCAUUUGCAAUUGCAGAAAAAAAUCUGAACUUUUUCUGAUUUCAUUGCGUUUUGGGGAUAAUGUCUUAAUCAAUUUCAGAGAAUUCCCAUUACUUCCGAGAUCGAUUCACGAGAGUUUGUGUCUAAAUUACUCGAUAGAAAAUGGGGAUUACAGUGUCCUGCAUCUCCAAUUCAGCAGAUUAGUGUUUCUUCUGUCAAAGGAAUCGAUAAAUUCUCCUUCUUGAACAACACUCGUCCACAUCUCGGAGAUGAAAUGUCGAAGUCGAAGCAAGGAUCUUCUUUUUACAUUCUUAGAGAUGAUCUUUUACAUCCUCUUGUGAAUGGUAACAAAGCUAGAAAGCUUGAUGCUUUGUUACCACUUGUUGAAGAUCAUAAAGUGACUGAUUUGGUUACAUGUGGAGGUUGUCAAAGUGCACAUACAGCUGCUGUUGCUGUUUCUUGUGCUGAGAGAGGUCUAAGAUCACAUUUGCUACUGCGUGGAGAACAGCCUGAUGUUUUGACUGGUUAUAACCUUGUUUCAACUAUGUAUGGAAAUGUUCAGUAUGUUCCAAGAUCGAGGUAUGCGAAUAGAGAGGAAAUGCUAAGAACUUAUGCGGAUCUUGUUGCUGGGGAAGAUGGUACUGUCUUAUGGGCUAAAGACAUUGUUGAGGGACGUGACACUAUGAAUGUUGCAAAAAUGGAUGAUUUUUCGAGUAUGAAAACUUCUCGUAGAAAGGUUUUGAUCGUUAAUGAAGGCGCAGGAGAUGCUCUUGCAUUACUUGGUAUGUUUCGGUUAGUGCAGCAUUUGUCACAGGAUCAUUUACUCGGGAAGAAGAGGCCGGUUAAAUUUGUAGUGGAUGCUGGUACUGGAACAACUGCUGUGGGUUUAGGAGUUGCAGCUAUGUCUUUAGGGCUUCCAUGGGAAAUCAAUGCUGUGAUGCUAGCUGAUACACUCAAAAAUUACAAGAGACAUGAAGAUCACUUGAUAGCAGAAUUUUCGAGGCAGUUUCCUGGCUCAGUCUUCUGCAGCGGCUUGGAUAUGAAUCAAAUGAUCAAAUGGAUAGAUCGUCAACACCCGAGAAAAUUUGGGAAGGUCUUGGAAGGAGAAGUGGAGAUGUGUCGGAAAAUUGCACAGGAGACAGGAGUUUUAGUGGAUCCAAUGUAUACUUUAGCCGCUUGGGAGACAGCAACAGAGCUUGUGCAGGACGAGAAAUCAAGCAUUGUAGUGAUGCUUCACACUGGAGGCACUCUAGGGAUGUUUGGUCUUGCUCAAAGAUACAAAACUUGCUUCACUAACUUGAAAGAUUAGGAUACAAUAACCAAGACUUAGAGCCAGAAAUCUAAAGAUGGUUGUAUAAUCAUGUUGUAUCUUCAAUCUUUGUUUUGGGUUCGGUUUUAGCAAACCUAUAAUUGAACUCUAAUCAAAAUAAUUUUGGUUCAGUGGUGGUUUGGGUUUGUAUGGUAAAAUACUAAAGUUGGUAUAUCUCAUGUACAGUUCCCGAAAAGAAUCAUACUUGUAGAACAAAUAAGAGAUUGAAUUACGUGGUAAGCAAGAAGUGG